AUGAGUGAAAAUGAAUCGCACCUGCCAACGUGGGUGCAAGAUGGUGAUAUUCUUUUGAUUCAAAAGCCGUUCAAAGAUGAAACCCAAGAAGAUUAUAACACUCUCCAGGACAUUAAUGAAAUGCAUAUUAACCACACAGCACUGGUUACCGAUAUUACUUCAUCUCAUUGCAUUUCACACUCUGUUACUGAAGGAUUUAACUUUCCGACAUGUCGGAACACAAAAUUGUGGAACGGCAUCUAUCUGGUCGUCCGAUGUAGUAAUAACGAAAUAGCAUCAAAUGCGGUGUCCAUAUGCAAGAAAUGGUGUUCUGGAGCAGAGUUGAUUGAUCAGGAGACGUAUUUGAAGCGUUAUGACCAUCACAGAUGGAACGACAGAAGAACUCGAGACUUGAAAACAUUUAAACAUGCUGAAAAGGUAGCAACACAAUGUAAUAUUUACGCAGAACCAAGAGCAACAAAUGAUAUUAGAGAAGCAGACAAGAAUCCAAGUAUCAAGUCAAUGACUGAAACAUCCAUUGUUCGAGCAAUUAAAUUUUCUUCCAGAAGAAAUUUGACCUGUCGUAUUUCAAAAGGAUUUAGAUGUACCCUUUAG